AUGCGGAAGAUACAAUGUGCAGUCGGGGAUUCGUGGUCGCGGAAUUUUCCGAUGGGAUUCAGGUUAUACCAAAAAUAUGGCUUCAAAGUGGAGAUGUAUGUAAAUAUCCGUCACAUUAUAAAAUGGAUAAAAGAAUUAAAAAAGCAAUAUAAAACGGAUAAAAGAAUUAAAAAAGCAAUAGAAAAGGAGGAAGUACCGAAUGUUGAUUGGACUUCGCAUAAAAUUAUACGGACAUUUGGCGAAUAUUCGUCUGUACAAAAAGUUAAGGAGAAAGCGGAAAGGGCCAUUUAUACAUCAGACAUGGCAACUGAAAAGGAGAUAAAAGAAAAUAGGAAGCACAGAGCAAAGAAAAUAAUAUUUUCAUCAGAUGAUGAAGAAGAGCAUUGCAGAAAUAUUAUUGUUCCAUCUCCUCCGCUUCCUCCUGCAAAAGUUGCGAAGAAUCAAGGACACAGAUAUGACGUUCAUGACAGCGCAAGCACAUCUGUUGCAUGUUCAAAGGAGAUAAUUUCUCGGAAUAUAAGAAAAAAUUAUGAUCGAGAAUCGCCGAAAAUAUAUGAGGACUCUCGCUCAUUGUCACAAGCUGCGGAUAACUGUUCGUCACAUGGAAGAGAGGAAGAAGUUCACAACAACUUUAAAGAGCGUUCAAAUUUGGAAGAUACAAAUCGAUCGAGGAUACAUGCCGAUAUAUCCCAAGAAGGUGACUCAUUUCAUGACAGGCAGAAUAUUGGAGAGAGGGAGAUUAUUUUUUCUAAUGAUAAUGUCAAUCAUCAGUCAUCACAAGCAACGAUCGUGGACCAUGUAAAAAAACUGAGCAGAGAAAUGAUGAUAAUAAAAUAUGAUGUCAAACAUGCAUUGGCCCUCUUGGAUAUUUUAGUAAAAAGAAAUGAAAGAGAGAAAAAAGCGCAGAACCCGAGAUAUUCUUUUGAACAAGUGGAAAAAUUAUUCCCUUUGGAGACACAAUCCCAAAUAGCGGACGUUGAAAAAAUUUUAAAAGGAAACUCCCAAAGCGCUGAAGCAAUACGCGCAUAUGUGAGAUCCAUAGGUGGGAUCAACGUUGAUGAUGCCGUGAAGAGGGCUCUAUACAAAAUAUUCUCAAACAGUUUAGCGGAAAGAUAUAAUUGGGAAGGCCGACGUGGAAAAGAGCCAUUGCACAACUUAGAAAUUAUGAAAGUAAUUUUCAGAUCUGUUCUUCAGAAUGUGGUUGAUUCUGAUCAAGAAAGAAUUCAGCGAAGAAUAAUGGAAUGGUUCCGGCAUUCAAAGGCAAGACAUCACAACGAGGAGAAACGUUGCACAACUUCAUAUGGAGAGACCAACAUAGAUACCGUAACAUAAGUAUAAAAAUUGUUGCUUAUCAAAUAUGGAAGCAGUUCUUCAGGUAUGAAAUGUUAAAUUAAUACGGUGUCAAAAGGUAUGGUAACAAGGUAUCCUAUAUAUUUUGCUAUUUUCGUUAAAUUUAUGUUUUUAGAUAAAAUAUCUAAUAGUUUGUAAGUAUAUAAGUUAGUAAUUUCUAACAAGUAAAUAGUUGCUAUAGUAGUUUAUAACAAAAUAUGUAGCCAUAAGAACAACUUAUUCAAUUUCAUUUUCAGCAUUAUUUUUUAUAUAAAAGCCAAUGAUGAAAUAAAGCAUUUGAAAGUUUUUUAUUUUUAUGUAUAUCGCACAUUAAUGUGCAUUUCUGAGACUUCCUUACACAAAAAAGUUUUUUUUCACAUAUUUUACAAUUUUUAUGUAGUCAUAGAUAUAAGAACAACUUAUUCCACUUUAUUUUCAGCAUUCUUUAUUCAAAAGCCAAUGAUGAAAUGAGACACAUUUCAAAUUUUGCGAUUUUUACGCAUAUCGCACAUUAAUGUGCAUUUCUGAGGCUUCGUUAUACCAAAAAAAUAUUUUUUUCACAUAUUUUACAAUUUUUAUAUAGUCAUAUAUGUAAGAACAACUUAUUCCACUUUAUUUUCAGAAUUCUUUAUCUAAUAGCCAUAUAUUUACUACCAUCUAUAUUUUUUUAUCUGUUUGAUUCAUAAUCUCCCGAUUUAUGUUUCAGGUAUAUUGCUGAAUAAGUUUUUUUUUAUUAUACGGCGAAUAUUUUUGUAUCUUGUAUUAUAUUAUUAUUUUGAAAUAUAUAUUGAUAUGUAUUAAUGUAUGGCAUCCUUUCUCAUCAAAAAUAAAUAAAAACCAUUUUUGUUAUACAUAUCCGUGCUGUUUUCAUUUAUUAGAAUGAAUUAAAAUUACGAGCUCCGAAAAUUCAUCCAACCUCUAGAAAUUGCCCAUAACGAUCCAGAAAACAUCCAUAAC